AUGACCGUUUCUAUAAUCGGUCUUUUCGUUGCCACUCUUUGUUUGCAUCGGGUGCAGAGCCAGUUUCCCAGGGUGUGUGUUAACUUUGAAAGCUUGAAAAACAAGACGUGUUGUCCAACACCAAACGGCUUCAAUGCACCAUGUGGUAGCGACGGAGAUCGUGGUGAGUGCCGGGAUUUGAUUGUUCGCCGGUGGGACAGAACUUACAGCCAUUACCAAGAGUUCCAUAAGAAAGACGAACGCCACAACUGGCCCAAUGCAUUUUUCAACAGAACUUGCGCGUGCAAGGCAAACUUUGCUGGGUACGAUUGUAGUGAGUGUAAAUACGGUUACUAUGGCGAUGACUGCAACCAGAAAAAAAUCCCAAAACGUAGGAACUUCACUAAAUUAUCGACAGAGGAACAAGACCGUUGUAUGAGUUACAUCAACAAGACAAGGUAUGAAUUAUUGAUAGGGUUCAUGUGGAAAGCAUACAUACAAUAUAUCAUCAAAUUAUUAAUUUAUGCAUAAAUACACUCUAUGUUAUGUUAUUGCGGGCGAUAAGAGGAGCCCGCAAUCCUAAUCUCCAAGUUGCUAUAACGCAUGCAAGGCACCUAUGCUAUAGCCAGCUUUGUUUGGACUUCCACUAAGAAUGAAUGGAACGCACAGAACGCAAUCUGAUCACGGGCAGUUUAGACCUUCUCUCACUCGCAUACGCAAUGUGAUCACGCGUGUUUUGACCGCCUAUCCCAUUAAACGUACGCAAGGCACAGCAUCCGCCCUAAGGCACAGCGUUGGAGCAAAAGCGUUUCGGACCUUCGAUCGUUGUCUCCAGUUGUCUAGUUAUAAUUAAAUUAGGAUCAAGGCUGAUUACUUAGGUAGACCAUCCUCAAUCGGGAAACAUCUUUAAAAAAAGAUAUUUUAUUUUCAGUUUGACUUUCGAUUCUCUGAUACCACUAGCACAAGCAUUGCCACAUUGCUGUUAUUGUUAUUGCUUUUUCUGUAAUACUACUACUUCUACUUUUUUUCCCUUCUACCCUUUCCCAGUCCCUAUACGGCGUAUUUCCAGGCUUCUCGGUCAAUACAUUUCGGCUACUCGCUUGGAUCACGUGAUCUGAAACGCAUAGACCGGGCGGAAUAAUGAGGCCUAGUGACUAAGAAACUUUCACCCGUUUUUGAAGGGGAAAACUUCGCUUUGACAUUUGUGAUAAGAAGCUUAGUAACUUCCAACCUGGCCUCAGUUGUUCAAACGGUACGUUGGAUAACGCUCAGGGCUAUCCACUGGAUAAAUCGCUAUCUAGUGGAUAACGCAAUUGGCUUUCCAAGUACUUAUCGCUGGAUAGUGCAGCGUUUAUACGACUGGGGCGUGAAGUAUAUUUCUUUGUUACAGAAUAAUUUACUGUUUUUAGGUAUGUCAACAGCGAUUUUGUUGUGAGCACGAGUUCCUAUCAAAAAAUACAAGAACAAAUAAACGAGGGCCGGGACCCCGUGGCCCUCUUCCACAAUAUCACAACCUAUGACAUAUUCACGUUCUUGCACUACUAUGCAGCCAAUGGAACGGGCAUUGACUUUGCGCACGAAGGGCAGGGUUUCAUAACGUGGCAUCGCGGAUACCUACUAGCAUGGGAAAGAACCAUUCAAAAAGUGAAUCAGGACGACGAAUUCGCGAUACCAUACUGGGAUUGGACCAAGAAUAAGGACAAGUGCGAGAUAUGUACUAAAGAUUUGCUGGGAGUGACGGGGCAAGAUGGCAUUGUAACAGGAAAAUAUUUUAACGACUGGUACACCAUUUGUACUCCUGAACAAACGCUUGGCAUGAAUAAAGUGUGUCACCCUGCAGAUAAGAAGCCCGGAUUGGAGCGUUUGAAAGACGGCGACAAAGAGAAGAAUGAAGAAAUGGGAUACCACAUGAAUUAUCCAACCAAAAAGGAGGUCGAUUUUGCCCUCAGUUUUGAAACAUUCGAUCUACCGCCCUACACCAAAGAAUCAAGCUGCAAUUUUAGAAACAUCUUGGAGGGUUUUGUCAACACUUCUACUGGCUACCGACUGCCCAAUUCCCAUUGCCUUCACAAUCAAGUACACUUGGCUAUAGGUGGUGCGAUGAAUAGCACGCUAUCAGCAUCUAACGAUCCGAUAUUCCUUCUUCAUCACUCAUUUGUUGAUCGGAUUCUCGAGAAGUGGCUCCGAAAGUACAAAAAGAAUGCCUCAGUCCUUUCGUCAUACGAUGCACCCAUUGGCCACAACAGAGGUGAUGCCAUUGUGCCUCUCUUUCCUGUGUGCACUCACGAGGACUUUUUCAAGGUGUCUUUUGAGUUGGGCUACGACUUCGAGGAUGUUGACGAAGAAGGUACGAGUUCAGUUGCCGUACUGAGUUUCUCGUAGUUGGUUCAUCAAUCCAUUAACAAACAUGCCCUAAAACUAACAAUAUACAGUGGAACCUCGAUAUAACGAAGGGCCAAGGGACUGGAAAAAUUUGUUCGUUAUAACGAGGUUUCGUUAUCUCGAGGUUCUUUUUCUUAUUAUAUAUUUUACUAUUGCGUGAGUAAAGAAAAUCGUUCGUUACUCCAAGGACUUCGUUAUAUAGAGGUUUGUUAUAUCGAUGUUCCACUGUAAUACCUAUCUUGUUUAGAGUGGCCGGAGCUUUGCACUUCCCCUACCCCUUGACAGGGUCGUAACAUGGUAUAUCCGGGACCCAUUGAUCCCUAUUUUCUUGCCGUUAUUUUGAUCCCUGAGCCCCAUUUUCCCCAAAAGUUUGAUCCCUGAGCCCUGAUAAAAAAAUUGAUCCCAUCCAUGUUUUUACACAAAAUUUUAACUUAGACAACUUUGUUUAUCUUCAAAUAUAGCAUAUAGAACAUGCUCAAAUGGGCUGAAGAGAAAAACAUUAACUUUAAUUUUUAGUGCAAGUUGCUAGGUUUUAUCAGAGCUUUAAAGAUCAAUAUUAGUCAACCUCUUUUUGUGCAUUAUUUUAUUUAGAACACUUUAGAUAUAAUGUUUGGCGAUACUAGACAAAUGAUAAAACCUGAUUUUCUUGAACGGGAACGUUAGUAAGAUACGGAAUGGAAGUUAUUGUUAAUUUAUACCUUAAAAGUAGUCCACUUCCUUUUAAGUAUCGUACAUCUUGAAAGAUCUUGCGGCGGAAACUUGAUUUUUUCAGGUGUAGCGUUCAUCAAGAGUAUCUGUAGGUUUAUUUUCAGUGUUGCUCAGACGAGCAAGGCCACCCGGAGGUUUAUAAGCCAAUCACAAGAAAGCAUUGGAUUCAAAAUUCGAAUAAAUACAUUUUUAGUCAAUCAGCAAACACAGCUAGGGCUGGUUGGUCCCCGGAUGAAUUAACGGCACUGUAAGGUACUUCUGAAAUUAACUAAGGUCUUCCUCUAGCUUUCCAAUUCCUGUCCCGUGCGAACAUCUGCUUGCCCGGAUAACUUGUCCAGUUAAUCAAUGUCCGAUCUGUGUGGGUCACAGAUGUUUUAUUUCCAAAGAGACUCUUGCAACCAAAAAUUUCACGUCGGCCGUGUUACUGGUCUACAAUGUUAAUGUUAAUAAAGUGUAAUCGUUUGUCUCACGAUUCAGUCACUUAAUGAUGUAGGUCGCGACGUUUCAACUGCGUAUUUCAAGUGUUCAUUAGAAAAAGCAACACUUAAAGACCUUUCCUUGCUAGUCUUCGUCGACUGGUCACACGUGAACUUAUAUGACUCCAAGCUCUGGUUCUGGUUGGUCGAUUAUUAGCCGCUGAGAUUGGUGCAUUUCUUACUCCUUUGUUUGUAUGAGCUUUUGCUGCUGUCGUGCGGACCUCCUAUUGCUGUGUUUCUUGAUUUAGGGCAACUAAGCUACUGCACUUUCCAUUCUGCUAUCCCUGUUGAUCUUUUAAAAGAACUGCAAGGAAGAAAGGAAUGAUAUACCUCUUGUAAUUGUGCUUGAGAGCCACUACGUCGCCUCUUGAAUAGAUAAUCUCAUAUUCUUCGGCUGCGCCUUGAAGUGUAGUUUGUCCUUCACUCCCUUGAACCUCUUUCAGCAGAUUGACUUCUCCAUAAGCCGACGCAUUCCUUGUGAACAAACUCGGAGCAAGUGGAAGUGUACCAGCUCUUUCUUUGGUCUUCCCUCUCGUUCUUUGCUGUCGUACACCCCGUCCGAAUUCUUUCGCAAAGCUCUGCAAUGCUUUCCUUUGUCGCUCCUUUCCCUCCGCGCUUGUUUCCUCGUCCAUAUCCUCCUUAAGGUCUACUCUUGCCGUACGACUUUCGAACCCAUUCUGGUGCCUUUGGACCCAGCUUUCUCUGUGUGUAAUGGCUUUGAGGACCGGUAUAAAAGAUAAACGAGGAUUGGUAGAACCUCUCUAUUGAUUCUAAAAGGCAGCUGGGCCGCCGCGAUGCGUAGUCGUUCAGAGCGGGUGUUCUCUCUCCACUAAAAAAUUCAGGCCCCAGAUCUAAGGUGGUGAUACCUUUCGGGGCCAACCAUUUCAUAAGCCGAGGUCGAAUAGCCCAAAGGACCGAAAAAAUUCUUGUAGAUCAAUAUUGUCACUUAAGUCUGGAAAUUUUGUGCAAAACAAAAUAGCCACUGCAGGAAUGAGGUCUGAAAAAAUCUUGCAUGAAAAAAAAUAACCCAUCCCCGGCUCAAAAAUCAAAUAGUGGGCCCCUUACUGGUGGCCCUUCAUGCAGAGUACAGUAAUAUAUUAAAUUCCUGCAGACUCUGCUACUUGUACCUAGUAUGCAAAAUUCCUUUUACUGGUGGCCCUUCAUGCUGAGUGCUAUAAUAUAUUAAAUUCCUGCAGGCUCUGUUACUUGUACCUAGCAUGCAACAUUCCUUUCACCAAUUCAACCCGGCAUUUAUUUUAUAAAAAAAAAAAACUAAAGAAAAUAAACCAUAAAGGCUUUGUUACUUCUAUUUCACCGAGGUACUUUGGUGUACCACUUAUUUUCACUAAUUCUACACUAUAAUUUCAGAUUAUUUGUCAUACAAGCAUUUAUCAGUUAUAUAUUAAUAGAAUGUGUUCUUCACUCCCUACUACCCGGACAAUACUAGUACUGGUAGGUGAACCGAUCUCGGUUUCUCAUCAGAGUUCAAGGUAACCCUAAAACUCCAUGCAAUUAGAGCAGAUUUAUUAAAUUGCGAGAAAGCAUUUAUUUUGCAACAAAGCGCGCAAAUUCUUAAUGUAUUCUACUUUUGACAUCCAUUCUAAUUAUUUAAGUUCUUUUAAUUAAAGGGUUAAGUUUCAGGUCAAAAAAUACUAACCUCGAUUCAGAUAGUCGCCUUGUGACUUGCUUGAGGCGAUGAGGCACCUAUACAGUAAAUUCCGCUUUCAAUGAAUCGGUUUGUCUGUUGUCCUGUAUGGUUAUGUUUGAUCGGCCGAAAAACUCUAUACUUGGACCCUUGCCAGGAGUAAAUCAGUCAAGGAACUACUUACGUCCCUUUCUCUGUCACAGGAUUUCUUUUUGUCCUUUUUCGUCUUCCCAUUUCUCGCAAAAAAUAUAGGUAUAAAUCGCAUUCUCUGCCUUCUGGCGUUGACGGCGCGUUCAGGAGUCGCGUUACAAAGCGAGAAAAGUGACUUGAGAUUCACAUUACAGUGCCCUCAACAAUUAAUAAAUAUUAAAGAAUAUGAUACCAUGUUUGCGUCCAACAACCAGGACUUCGUAUGACAGGAACUGCCGCCAGCCGAAGCAAGAAUAGGUGUUUUACCUCGGCGAGGAAAUUCUAUGGACAGAAACCUUAUUAUGCGGAAAAAUAUCGUGAUAAGAGAUUUUUAGACCGUGUAAUAAAUCUGAUCCCUGAUUCGGGCUUAAAAGCCUUGUGAUCCCUGAUCCCAUUCUUCUGAGCCCUGAGCCUUUUUCUCUGAGCCCUGAUCCCAGUCAUAUUUUUGGCUUUGAGCCCUGAGCCCAUAUACCAUGUUACGACCCUGCCUUGAAACAGCUAAAACAAAGCAAGAAUAAGAAUUAAGAACACAACUGUAAUACUUUCAAUGAAGUAUAUCUUGAGGUUAAGAAAGGUAAGUACGAAAUGAAAACCACAAACAAGUCGAGACUUGAUGUUUGUAAAUUAGGCCAACUUAAUGUGCAGUCCUAACCCAUAGCUUAAAAUUGGAUGCAGCAUACAAUUGCCACAUGACUGAGUUGUAAAACGUUAGAAUUGUCAAGGAUAGAAUUCACGAUGGGUCAACAGCAUGUAAAAAGCAGAGCCCUUUGAGGGUUUACUAUAUUUUGAAGUUUUAAUCUGACUGAGUGCAACGUUGAUACGCGGGCCGACCGUUUUUUCACUGCUAACAAUUGUUUGAUUUUUAUAAUUAUUUAAGUCAACGAUUUUGCCGGGAAAACUGACGUACACGAUUGACAGCCGAAUUUAAAUUUAAUAAUCAAUGCGCUCUCUAGGUACUUUGCAGCUUUAAAGGCGCAUGAAGAGGUGAAGUGCAAUUUUAAUUUGAAAAAAAAUUCAGUUGGCGAAAUCUCCCGCCAUUUCCUUACCUCUUUUUAGAAUUUAGAAACACUGGCAAACUAUGAAAUGCUAUUUCUGAAUCCGCCUGACCCACGGGGCGCAGAGGAGUUAUUUGUGACCUUGAUUGUUGAUCGUAGCUAAAUUUUACAGUUGAUACCACGCAUCGCCUUUGUUUUUAUACUGUAAAAUCGAGCAAACCGUCACUCGAUGAACUUAUAAACCUGGUAAUAUAUUAUCCAAUGCUCCGGAACACCGGCAGUAAACAGAGGCGACUUGUGCGAUCGGCUGUAAAGUUCUCGCUUCCCUUGCCAACACAAAUAACUCCUCUGCGCCCUUUUCCUGAGCUUGAAAAAGUGCCGCCCUUCUCCUGUUCUCGGCUUACCCGUAACUCUUGACUAUUCAGGGGACUGUAAAAAACACAACAAAAUCCUCUCUACAAAUACCUUUCCUUUAUACUUUUUAGGGUAUUCUCCUGACGACGGUGAUUCUCCGGCUGUGUUGGGUCUUUGUCCAGUGAUCAGUGACACAGCAAACACCUCGAAAAACUGCGAGCGCUAUAAGACUGCCUCAAUCAUUCUCAUUCCAAUCUCGCUCGUGCUCCUGAUAAUACUUCUUACAGUUGUAGGAAUUGUUUGUCGUCGCUUUAGAAAAAUGUCUAAAGAAAAUGCGGAGACACAACCACUUGUCACGGCUAAAAGUGUCUCUCCUGAAAUAACCUAAAAACAUAUAUAUAUUUUAAAAAAAUAUGUUACUAAAACAACACAUUUACUUCAAGAACUUCUAAAAAAAAUUGUGUUUUGACAAAGUGAGUUUUUUUUAUAAACAAUUUUUAGACCAGUUUUACCACCCUAAACGGAGGUU